AGUGAGACAGAGAAGCACGAUGGGUGAAUUCAGAUGGAUUCAAAUGUUUUUAUGUCGGAUGCUGAUGAUUCAGAUCGCAGUAUCUGUAAAUGAAACAUCCAUUUUUAUGAAAGUUGGAGAUGACGUCACUCUGCCUUGUCUAAAUGUGAUAGAUGAGCAGAAUAACUGUGAUGGGACUACGUGGAUCUUUACUUCAACAAGCAAACCAACAGUAGAGCUGAUCACACUUGGACAGAUUAGUGAAAAAGUCAAAACUAAAUCAGACAGACUGAGAGUUACAGUGAACUGUUCUCUGCUUAUAAAGAAGCUCACAGUCGAGGAUGUUGGUCUUUAUUCCUGUCAACAAUACAAACUAGGAAAAACACGAGCUGAGGACACUCUGGUUCAUCAGUCGUUGGUUGAUCUCUCUGUUAUUACCUUGACUGAAUAUAAGGACACUGAGAAGGUGACGUUAAGCUGCUCUGUGGUGAGAAAUGAACAGUGUCGUCACACAUUGAAAUGGCUGCUUAAAGGUCAAGAUGUGGACAAAGAGAACAAAGAAAUUGUGAUUUCACAGACUCACUGCUCCACUACUGUGUCUGUUCUGAAGAAUAAUUAUUUAUACUCAUCAAGGGAUGAAAUACUCAAGUGUGAGGUGACUGAUACUAAAUCAGGAAGAGUACAGGUGUUUAGCUCACAGCCCUCAGGUGAGGAAACAGUUGACCCAAAAACAACAACAAAAAUGAACAGUAAAUCUGAAAGCGACACAACACCAGAAACAACCACAAUAACAAAAAGUAGUCCUUCCAUUACAGCUCUUUCAUUGUACAUCACUGGAGCUGUUGGUUUGGUUAUAUUGGUAAUAACAGCUGUGUUUGUCAUCAGAUGGAAGAAAAAUAAGGGAAACAAAACACAGAAGUAUGAAAAUGCUGGACUGAGUUUGAAGCCCACAGAGACUCAAUCUGCUCCUCAAACCAUUCAGGACUUGGUGGAGCCUGAAGUUUCCUAUGCCACCAUCAGCUACACCAAGAAUAGCAACAGUAAAACCCAGGUUCAUCGUGAUGGUGAAGGCGAUACUGUGACCUACAGCAUGGUGAAUGCUCCAUCCUCUGCAUCCACUGCUGAUCCCAGCAACCUCUAUUCUACUGUCAAUGUUGCAAUCACAUAGCUCACACAGUUGGAGGAAGGACUCGUAUUUAAUGAAGCAGUCGAAUAAAGGACUCGUAUUUAAUGAAAAGGACAUUUUGGUUUUGACUUGAGGCAGUGUGAUAGCAACAUGCUAAUUAAGUUAUUGCUGUUUGUAGCUAGAUUGCUUCACAAGGUUGUCUUAAUGUUGUUUUCAUGGAUGUUGAGCUUAAUGUUUCCAAGAGAUUUAAUAAAAUGCUGGUUAUUGGAAGAGUGCCGAGCUGAAACCCCCACAGGCAACCCGUGCCCCCCCCCCCUCCCCCCAACCAAAGAAACAUCAACACCUAAAUUAAAAAAUUAUCGUUUUUUAACAAUGUUUAUGAAAAUACAGUUGGUUUCGUUGCUACUUUUACAUGACUAUGAACUGCUCAGAAUCUCUAAAAGACGGCUGGGUGAA